AUGGUCUUUCGAUGGCUGUUUCUGGCCUUUCUUCUGAUCCUUGCACCUCUGAGGGCUGUACAGGGAGAGGAAGAAUCUGGUCCUAAAGUCCAAGGAGUGCCUCAGGAAACAGGAAUGUGCCAAAGACCCCGAUGGGAUCAAAGUCUCCAGCUGACACCAGACCAAAGGAAUUACAGGCAGAAUGAGGAGGUGAUGCUGAGCUGCCCUGACGGUCUGCACCCAUCCUUCACUGAGGUCAAAUGUGCUAGUGAGGUCAAGUCAAUCCGUCAUGGGAAACCUGUAUACGGAGAAGUCUGGAUGAGGAGGAAUGGCACAGCAGGCUGGAUCCGCAUUCAGUCUGAUGCAGAGUGCACUGAACUUCUCCGGGUAGUCCCUGAGUCCUUGGAAGUUUCUGCCACCAGCAUCAAACUGAACUGGACCUGCAGGAUCCCUCAUGCCUGUGAGCGUAUGCAGGCCAUGUGUCGUCUGGCCUCACCUUCAUCCCCUCCCUGUGAAGCUGAGGAGAUCACCGGCGAGGAGAUGCUAUGGGGAGAGAAAGGAACAUUUACCUGCCCCCUUCUGCAGCCCUUCACUUUCUACAGUGUCACCAUCUCCUUGCCCCCCAGUACAGUCCUAUUCGCAUGGCCGUUCCAGACGAAGGAAACCGUGCCGGACAAACCAAAGAACGUGUCCCUGGAUGCCAGCACCGGGUUGCUCAGCUGGAGCGCGCUGCCCCCCUGCAAAGGGGAGAUCCUUGCAUACCAGCUGAGCAUCACGGCCAGGGACGCUCGUGAGAGCGGCUUCCUGGAGAUCGAGCGGCUGCGGCUGGACGGCUCCGUCACCGAGUACGCGCUGCCGCAGCACCGACCUGGGCGCACCUACGUGGUGACGGUGCAGGGCGUCACGGCUGCCGGAGCCGGGCCUGUGUCCCGCUGGGAAUUCCGUGGCUCGGCUGCAGGGAAAGCCUCGUGGUCUUGGACUGCCAUUACGGUGAUUCUUGUGCUCGUGGCAUUGGCGUUCCUGCUUGCCGGGAUCCUGUGGUUUGCGCUGUCCAGGAAAAAGAAGGCUUUGAUCAGCCAAGCCAAGGAGAGCAAAUAGA